AUGAGUUUGUCGGACUUGAAGACCAGCAUCUUGGAGAAGCUUGGCGUGUUGGGUUCCAAGUGGGUGAAGAAACUAUUCUACAAGAUUCCAAUGGCGGUUGUCUCGACCGGUGUUCAGUACGAAACCUUUGCGGUUAAGUCUGAUGAAGAUAUUAGGGUUCUGUUCUACUGUGUAAGGAGUUUUCCGGAGAUCAGAAUCCAUGAGUUGUUUGCGAAGUUGGAGGUUGGUGUCGAUAGUUCUGGGGCAUCCGCUCCAGUUCCUUGCGUAGCUUCCGCUGGUGGUGCAUCUAGUUCGAUGCCUCCGGUCAGACCGCGUCUUCCGCCGGUUCAAUCACCUUCUUUUGCGGCUGACUUACAACAAACGGAGGUUGUUGGUUCUGUCCCUUUCGAGCCUGUAGCAGUCGUUGAGCCUGCCAACGUCGUGGGCACCGGUGGUGGUAUUGUGCCUUAUCUCGAAGACUUUGGUGGACCUGAUCAUAUAGAGAAUGCAAUGCGUGACGAUGAAUCUGAAGAGGAGCCUGUUGAUAUCGAUGGUGACAGCGACGAAAACAGAGGCGGCGAUCCAGAUGCGCAACAUCGGCCUUCAAGUUCUGCUUCUCAUCAAUACCCUCCACACUUCUCGACACUAAACUUGGAAGCUCUUCGUCAACAGGAAGACAGUGGUAACAUAGUCGGUAGAUCUUCUACAGAAUUUGAGAUUGGGCAAUCUUUUCAGAGUAAAGAUGAAGCUGUGCUCAGUGUGAAGGACUAUAGCAUCCGGCGAGGUGUUGAGUACAGAGUCAUCGAAUCGGAUCAUUUGAAGUAUCAUGGAAAAUGCAAGCAAUUCGGCAAGGGUUGCACUUGGUUGAUUCGUGUAGCGCUUCGUGCACGAAAGGGAACUUGGGAGGUUAGGAGGUACAACGGGCCACACACGUGCCUCGCAACUUCUAUAUCAAGUGAUCACCGUAAGCUGGAUUAUAACGUUAUAUGUGCGAGGAUUCUUCCUAUGGUUAGGGCUGAUGCUGCGGUUACGGUAAAGGUACUUCAAGAAGCGACAGAAGCUGAUUACGGUUUCAGGCCUAGUUACAGGAAGGUCUGGUUGGCUAAGCAGAAGGCUGUGGCAGAAAUAUAUGGAGAUUGGGAAGAGUCUUACGCGGAACUGCCCCGUUGGAUGCUAGGGAUCCAGGCAACAAUGCCGGGAACAAUCACGGUGCUGAAGACGUCUCCGGUUCAGAUUGGUGGUGCUGUUGAUGAGUCGAGGGUGUACUUUCACCGACUUUUCUGGACAUUUCCACCCUGUAUCGAGGCUUUCCGGCAUUGCAAGCCACUCGUCAGUAUUGAUGGUACCCACUUGUAUGGGAAGUAUGGAGGGACGCUCCUGUUGGCUAUAGCUCAGGACGGAAACUCGAACAUCCUCCCGGUAGCAUUCGCCCUUGUAGAGGGGGAAAAUGCAGAGUCGUGGUCAUUCUUCUUGUCAAACCUACGAGAGCAUGUGACUCCUCAGGAGGGUAUCCUAGUUAUCUCAGACAGGCAUAAUGGGAUCAAGGCGGCCCUUGAGGCACCUGAGAAUGGAUGGCUGCCUCCUCGUGCAUUCCGGGCCUACUGUAUAAGGCAUGUGGCCGCCAAUUUCGCCCUAACGUUCAAAGGUAAGGACUCAAGGAGGUUACUGGUCAAUGCUGCCUACGCCAAGACUGAGGGUGAGUUUUACUACUGGUUCGACAUCAUGCGGACUGAGAAUCCAGCAAUGUGUGACUGGGCCAACCGUAUGGAGUAUGACAAUGGACCCAACAUGAGGAUGCUGGUCGACGGUUCGGGCACAUGA